AUGGGCUCCCAAGGAGAGAAGCUGAUUUGCGUCGUUGGAGCCACCGGAAACCAGGGCGGCUCCGUGGCCCGCCGAUUCCUCGCAGCCGGCUUCCGUGUCCGCGGCCUCACCCGCAAUCCCACCUCUCCCAGAGCCCAGGAACUCGUCUCUCGCGGCGCCGAGGUGGUCCAGGCCAACCUCGACGACCCGGCCAGCCUGGACCGGGCCUUUGCCGGAGCAAACGUCAUCUUCAGCGUCACCGAUUACUGGGAGCCCUUUUUCCACCCAGAAUGCCGCAAGCAAGCCGAGGCCAAGGGCAUCUCGUACCGUCGCUUUGCCUACGAGACCGAGUAUCGCCAUGGCAAGAACAUUGCCGAUGCCGCGGCCAAGGUCGUGGACUCGCUUGAUGUAAACGGCUUCCUCGUUUCGACGCUGAGCCACGCGGGGAAGUGCAGUGGCGGCAAGUUCAAGGAGCUGUAUCACUUUGACUCCAAGGCGGACGUUUUCCCGGCCUAUGUCGAGGAGCACUAUCCUGAGCUGGCGGCCAAGAUGUCGUGCAUUCAUACGGGGUUCUUUUACACAAGCUUCAAUAUCCUGCCUAAUUCGUAUUUUGGUAAACUUCCCGACGGCCGAGUCGAAAUGGCAUUCGCUACAGAUCCUACAAAAGUAGUCCCCCAGCUUGCUCCGGUCGACGACAUGGGAUCGUUCACAUAUGCCGUCUGGCAGAUGCCCCCCGGAAAGUCCUACAUGGCCGCCGGGACAAAUUGCACCUGGCCCGAGACUAUCGAGACAUGGAGCAAGAUCACUGGCAUCCCGGCGAGUUACAGGCAGGUUUCACCUGAGGAGAUGAUUGCGGCCUGUGGAGAGCCACAGCUGGGAGGGGAAAUCACCGACAUGUUUCUGUAUACUUCACAUCCUGGCUAUGACGGUGGCAUGAAACUCUUGCAAGCAGAGGAUAUCAGAAAGGCUGGCAUCGACUGCCCGAUGACAACAUGGGAAGAGUGGGCAAGGAAGCAGGACUGGGUAGCAAUUCUAGCUCGCCUACACGGGAAUUCUCAGUAA